UUCGGUCGUGCGGGCUCCAUAACGCUCGUUUGAAAACGAGUUUCCUUUCUUUGAUUCUACGAAAUUGAAAAGCAAAGAUAAUCCGGUGAUCAGUGAGUGAAGGUGUGUGAUAAAUUCGCAAUCUGUUUCCCUAAUCCGUUGUGGUUCUCUAGGAGAGUGUGAAUCAAAGAAGCGAUCGAAGCAACCAACCGGUGUCCGCCACUUUCAAAAGCCCGCGAACCGUGGUGUAUAGCAGCUGACGCCUACGUCCAAGGUCCUUCACCAAGUUCCAGCGCGUACUACGUUAUCUGUAGCUAUCCCUCCGGUGUGCACAGUGAGUGAGCUGGCUCUCAGUGUUGGUGAGAAGUCCUUUUUGGAGAUUGAACCGCGCCUUCCGAACACCUGCCUGCGUCUGGCGCCUUUUCCAGCCAUCUGUUGCAGCUGAGCCUCGUGUAGUGCGCGCGUGCCUCUGUCUGUGAGGGUGUGUAGCGUGUGUAAAAACGUUCGCCGUAGAGGGCUCGUCCUUUCCAGGCAGGAAGGAUAUCGAUUAAUCACAACGAAAGGGAACAAGGAGCAGCAAAAGGGACCGGGAGUUUGUGUCAGCUGCGGUGUGUCUGAGGCGAAGGUCGCCGGAACAGAGCGUGUGUGAAGGGGUGUCGCACGUGAAGACGCGCACAACGAGAGCCAAUCCUUUGGUGAAUUCGAUCGAGAUCUCGGAAGUCCACAUGCAUCCAUCCAAUUUUAUUUAAAAAUUCUGAAACGAAAGCGAGCAACGACUACUUGAGUACGCAAAAGCAACACGUCCCUUAACAGUAUCACUCUUUAGCGAUCGAUCGAAACCGAAAACGAUGUACAACAUGAACGCGGCCAACAUUCUCGAGCUGCAAACGUGGAUCGUCUACCAGCGGGUCGCCGUCGAGUGUGCAAACUGCUUGUAAACCCCUUUUGUUAUUUUGAUUUCGUUCAUCCAAAAAACACAUCGCAAAUUCAUCGCAAAGCAACAAGAAGUAUAACUUCUUACGAUCACCGUCUCCUUAUUGUCUUUCGCUGUUGCGUUACAAAUUAUCUACACAGUACUCGUCAUAAUGAUUGAUGCAGUUAUGACCGAUAAUGCCUUCAAAGCGAAGGACAUUGGCCUACGGGCGCAAAAGAAGAUCCUUUCGCGAAUGGCCACGAAGAAUGUGGCAAAAGUGUUCAUCGAUGGUACAACCGCGUCACUGCUGGACAACGUCUACCGGUUGGUAAAAGUGCAUACUGGCAGCAAAAAGGAUGCAGAGCGGCUGGUAAAGAACAUCAUCAAGAUCGUCAUCAAGAUCGCGGUUCUACACCGCAACGGACAGCUGAAUGCGGACGAGCUGAAACAAGCGGAACGGUUUCGCAGCAAGUUCCAAACCCUACAGAUGGCCAUCCUGUCGUUCUACGAGGUCGACUAUAGCUUCGAUCUGAGCUACCUGCAGAAGUCGCUUGCCGAUUGCCGCGGUCUACUGCGUGCCGUGGUUGUGCGCCAUUUGACCGAUAAAUCACUCGGUCGGAUCGAUGAAGUGUUUGAGACGUUCAGUGACUCCUCCCUGCUCGAGACGGCCUUCCGGCAAGAUUCGCCCUACCGGGAGAUCAUGGACAAGAUCGUGCUCGAUCUGAACAAGGCGAUGGAAAACGGAGACAUUUAAUAACGAGGAACCGUCCGUUGUCGUUUCCGGGCCGGAAGAGGAUUAGUCGCUAGAUGUGUUGUGUGUGUGUGUGUGCGUGUGCAGCAUUGUCUUUCAGCAAGUCGCGUUACUCUCGUAGUCAUUUGUAGCAGCACCUAGCAACAGGCAGCAGGCGCAGCAGCAGCAGCAACAGCAACAGCAGCACAGAUGCACGCACGCACCGCUCAGAGUCACAGAGGAGGUUUUCUCUGCUUACUAGAUUUCCUCACACAAAGCAUCGUACCCAUUGUUCAGUAAACCGAUGGCUGUAGCUGUGCUACAGUGCUAGUGUGCGGUGGAUCGAGAACUAGAAUCACACUAGCUUAAGAAGACGACGCAUCCGCUCUCAUCCAAAUCGAAGCUAGAGUCAUUGAGAGGAUCCGUGUGUGUGUGUGUGUUUGUAUGUGUGAAGAUGCCUCAAAGUUUAAUUUAUAGUCCGAUUGUGGAUAAGCUAAGUUAAUUAGAUCGUACUAAGAAGAAGAAAAGCGAUCCGUCACAUGGGAGGCGGAAGCACAAACAAAGUGGAUAGUUACUUCUGUUACUAUCUGUCCAUAUCAUCAUCAGGUGAAGGUGAUUUUUCGAAGAUAUUCUGCUAGCCUAACGUCGAACAAGAUGCUCACAAACGCAAACGAUGGCACCACCAAAUAGAAGGAUAGAUUAGUAGUACCAACAGCUCAUACAGAAAUACCCCAUCUUGUCCCCAUUCCUCGUAUUCAUAUCGUUUCGAAUGUCAACUGUAGCAACAAAAGGCACAAGGAACCAGCAAUUGGACCACUUUUGAAAACUUUACGCCACAACAGUGUGCACAGUUUGCGAUAACACCUAGUCUUUCAGUUUCCUGAACUGUCGCAAGUGUUCGUCUUGAGCACAGCAAGUAGUAGUCUUGAAAACACAUCGAAAAGCGUAAAACAUCCGAAGGUUGGUUUGCUUCUUUGGCAUGGUUAGGAGAGAUGGAUGCUUGAAUGAUAUUGAUAGUUUAUCUAGGGAGGGGCGACCGAUUGUAGGAUUGGGGUUUAACAGAGCCACGCGUUUCUAAAGUGUAAGCGGAGUCGUGGAAGAACAGAGUCAGGCGAGAAGAUGGAUGAUAUUGAACAAAAUAAAGAAACAACCGAUGAUAUUUUGAAUGGGCACCUAGAAACAUGCUGUGUUGUCUAUCU